AUGUCUACAUCAUAUAUAGACUUUAACUAUGAGGAAAUAUUUCCCACAUGCAAGAAGGAGUAUGAUAUUGCCAUAGGACCUAGUAAUUUUAAGAAUCGUAGUAAAUAUAGAACAUUAUGCAACAACAUAAAAGACAAAAUAGCAAAUAAGGAUCCUACCUUUACCUUUAUUUGUGAAGAUUUUUCUCUUUACUUAGAACAUAUAAAAGAAAAAAAAGGUAAUGAUGUGAAAAAUUUCUGUAUGUAUUUUUUUUAUAAGAUAAUAGAUGAACUAAAAGAAAAAAAAUAUCCCUGUGUUAACAAUGAUAAAUGUUACGAAGAAAUAAUGAGUGCAUCAAAAGGUGAAAGUAAUAGUUUGUUUUCUAUAUGUAAUAAUAUGAACCGAAGUAUUAAUGGUAAUGUUGUAAGUAUAUUUCAUUAUCUGGAUAAACUAUAUAAUGAGCUCGAAUUAUUUAGUUAUGGCUCCUAUACAUGCCUCACUGAUAGUAAAACAUUUGAAGAAUAUAUGAAUUUAUUACAGCAGUAUGAUAGCAACAAUAGUUUAAAAAUAAUACUGUAUACUCUUAAUAAGGAAUAUAAACCAUAUAAGGAGAAAUUACAUGACUGCUUAAUUUUUUCCAAAAUUUUUCAUCACUUAUUAAAGACAUUUGCAUCCUUAAUUGUUCUAGCUUUUACGAUAUCAACAAUUAUAUUCAUUCUGUAUAAGUAUACGCCUUAUUCCCCAUAUGUAUAUCCAAUUGUAAGAAAAAUAAUUAGUUUAUGGAAAAGAAGAAAUGAAGAAAAACAAGAAUUACAUUAUACCUUUGAAACAGAAUACAAAAAUUUAACUGAAAAUAAUUAUCAGCUGUUGCAUAACCCUGUAGAAUACUAA